AUGUGUCCCUGUUAUGUGAAAGUUAAAGUGCAAGACAAUGUAUCUGAUGGUAAUGAUGGUACUGAUGGAAAUGAGGGGAUUGAUGGCAAUGAUAGAAAUGAUGUAACUGAUGAUACUGACGGAAAUGAUGGAACUGAUGGUACUGAUGGUACUGAUGGAAAUAAAGAUACUGAUGGUGCUAAUGGUAAUGAUGGUACUGAUGGAAAUAAAGAUACUGAUGGUGCUAAUGGAAAUGAUGGUACUGAUGGAAAUAAACAUACUGAUGGUGCUAAUGGAAAUGAUGGUACUGAUGGAAAUAUAGGUACUGAGGGUACUAAUGGAAAUGAUGGUACUGAUGGAAAUAUAGGUACUGAGGGUACUAAUGGAAAUGAUGGUACUGAUGGAAAUAUAGGUACUGAGGGUACUAAUGGAAAUGAUGGUACUGAUGAUACUGAUGGAAAUAUGUGUACUGAUGGUACUAAUGGAAAUUAUGGUACUGAUGGAAAUGAUGGUACUGAUUAUACUGAUGCUGUUGUUACAUAG